UUAAAAUAAGUUAUAUUUUUUGUAAACUCAAGUCUACAAAUAUUAAAAAAAAGAACAAAAAUGCCUGUAGGUCAUCAGUAUACUUCACGACCUUAUAGCUCUUUCAGAGCUCAACGUGGUAGUUGUACCAUACAUUAUGGUCAAAAUACCACACAAAACAAUCACAACAAUCAUAGUAACAACAAUUUUACCACAAGUAACACAAAUACAACAAAUACAACAAAUACAUAUUUAAGUCAACAGAGUCAACAAAAUUUAAGUAAAAGCAUAAUAACGACUAAUACAUCUCACAGCAAUAACAAUGGCAAUUAUCUGAGCACGUCAUCAUCAUCGAAUGCCAUCAAUGUUAAGAACAGUGCCAGCAAUAAUAGCAAUAAUAACAGUAGCAAUGUAAGCAGCAAUUUUACUAGGCAGCAACCAUUUCGUAGCAGUUUCUAUAGCACACGCUAUAAUCACAACUGCAAUGGUAAUCACAUUAGCCAACAGAAUGGCCACAAUAUGACUGAUAAACGUCAAAAUAAUACAAAUACAACAACUACGACGGUUAAACCGUUGACACCUAAAUUAGUGCGUCGCAUUGAAACAGCUUGCACUAAUGCCAAUUCUAAUACUCAACAGCAAAAUGUUACUACCAAGCCACGUGCACCAGCGCCUCCUAGCUCUGCACCCACAACAACAACAACAUCAACAUCAACACCACUCACUGCCAAUAAACAGUAUUUGCGCACGCGUAAUCAGCAUCAGCCACCCAUACCACCAAUCAGAAACCAUACAAACUUUGAACGUUUUCAUAAUACAAAUUUAAGUUUUCGUCAAAAGCCCACAAAUGGCAUUACGGUUCGAAAAUCACCUGCAGUCAGUUGUAGCAGCGACUCAUUUGAAUCCUCAAAGCAUAACAAUGGCUGUAACUAUUAUAACAAUAACAAUCGCACCGCUGGUAUUGUGCAAAGCAAUGUCUCACAAAAGCGUGCCUAUGCCACAGUGACAAAAGUGGCCAAAGAAAAUCAACCUAACACAGCAGUUACAAGUGCAACUAACGAGCGUUGCAUACGUUCAAUAAAGAACUAUCCAGCACCACUGCCACCAGGUACACCAAAAGGUGCUACAAAAAAGAAACAAAAAGAUGAACUGAAAUUAUCUUCGAUCUCAGCAUCUCCGAAUCUAAAUAAUCGUCGUUAUACAGCUUUAACUGCAUCACAACGACGUAAGCAAUUACCGCAUAUAAACAAUUCUAUUAAUACAGAUAUGACUGCAGCCAAAAAUGGUAGUACCGGUAGUAAUUCCUCCGCUGGUUCUAGUGGCUCUCAUGGUUCUCCAAAGUCGAAGAAAGCAUUUUCGACAAAAUUUCCGCAAGGUUUACCCUUCGAAGAUGAGUUCUAUCGACGUUAUCGUUCCUAUUCACAAUCCUCAUCAAGUAAUUAUAGUUUUUACAGUUCAGUUGGUGCGCCCAACACUCCACACGGUCGUGACUAUGAUAAUCGCAGCAUACAUAAUGGCCAUAUAGAUGAUGAUGAUGAUGACGAUGAGUUUCAGCGAAAGCCAGCAAACGAUGAACCACUUUAUGUGGAUUUUACGAAAGUAAUGCAACGACAAGAUUACAAUAAUAAGAGUGCUCAUUAUGGUAAUGGCACGACAAUGACAAUUGUACCAACAACAACUUGGAUUGGUGCACCAACAAGUCUUAAUAAUCCUGCAACACCUACAACGAAAUUUGCAAAUGAAUCUAGUCUAAAUGAAAGUUCAUAUGCUGCUCUAACUAAUUCUGCAUAUCAACAACAAACCUAUAGCAGCAAUAUGCGUACAACGAAAUCGAACAAACAAAUCUCGCAUUCAAUCAAUGAUUAUCUUUACACCAGCAAUGGUACUAAACUUAUGACAACAUCAGCAUCAACAUCAACAUCAACAUCCACAACAACGAAAACAGCUAUACAAUCAACAAAUGGUGAUAGCAGAAAAUUAAAAAUAACACACUCCAAUGCAUCUGAUGAACAAGAAGAUGGUUAUUACACAAAUGGCUCACCUGAACCACCUCCACAGACGGAUAUAUAUUUAGCAGUUGCUUCGUGGGCUCCAAAAUGUUCACAUCCAACAAAAGUGCAUAUACCGCCUUCAAAUGGAGCACAUAUUAUUGACGAUACUAAUAAUAAUGCUCAUAAUUAUAAUGAUUAUUAUCAUCAGCGUCAGUAUCACCACCAACAACAACUACAACAACAGCAACACCAACAACGACAAAGGCAAUGGAAUGGAAAGCCAGGAGACAUUUUGGAGCCCACGAUGUGUGAGUAUAAGUAAGUGUUGCAAUUAUGAUUAAUCUUUAAAUGCAGUUAAAA